AUGGCAUCCAACGAUUACUACCACGGCGGCAAACCCCCCUCAGCAUCUCCGCCACCUGCAGCAUACUACGCUGGCAGUGCAUACAACAACAUUCCCUCUACGAGCUCUACGCCCGCGCCUCCUUACAGCCAAAUAUCACAGACCCCCGGUGCUUCCCAUCCGCCGCCACCGCGCGUGAACACCGUCUCGCCUUUCGAAACAGUCUUUGACGAUCAUGUCUAUCCAGUAGACUCAACGCAGGACGGAUUCCGACACAACGCCAACGGCACUCCCCAGCAGAACAUGAGCCCCCAGGCUGCGAACAACCCGCAACGCAUGAACACCGUCCACACUGUCAACACCGUUAGUUCUGUCUACAGCAGUGACAAUCCAAACGACCCGCGCAACAUGCAACCGUUGCCUCCUCUGCCACAACAGCCAACUGCCUACCAUCGCGAUGGCGCCUACAACCAGCACGAUGGCGUAUACGACCAGCACAGCGCGUAUGCGCAGCCCAAUCCCUACGCCCAGGAUACUGCCUACUACGGUAACCAGGCCGUUUCUCCGGACUCGAGUAGGCCUCAUGUAGCAGAUGAUAUUCCUCUGCAGAGCCGGCAGGAGACCCAGCCCAAAGAUGUGGAGAUGAACGACAACGACCAUGUCUACGACGCUCCCCAAGGAAGCCGCCGCUCGAAGAGCCGUCGCGAUAAGAGCAAGGUCGGCUUCGGUCAGUUGGGUAUGUUUGGCGCGGACAGAAAGGGCAUCCCUUGGGUGGUAUACGUCUUCACCUUGGUCCAGGUCGCAGUGUUUAUCGCCGAAAUUGUCAAGAACGCUCAAUUAACCGGCUCCCCCAUCAUGACCAAGCCCAGCUUCAACCCCAUGAUUGGACCUUCUACCUAUGUCAUGAUCAACAUGGGUGCUCGUUACGUCGCCUGCAUGCACAACGUCAAGGGUAUCCAAGACUCCAACACCUCGUUCACGUGGCCCUGUCCUAAUUCGACAUCUUCCGACGCCAACAACCCAUCGAACCAGUGCGGACUCGGUGAUCUCUGUGGUUUUGGCGGAGUUCCCGAGCCGAAGUUUGAGGGCCUUGAUCAGAGUCCGGAGCCUGACCAGUGGUUCCGCUUCAUCACGCCCAUCUUCCUGCACGCAGGUCUGAUCCACAUUGGAUUCAACCUGCUCCUGCAGAUGACGAUUGGCAAAGAGAUGGAGAUUGCUAUUGGUUCGAUCCGUUUCUUCCUGGUCUAUGUGAGCGCCGGCAUAUUCGGUAACGUGAUGGGAGCAAACUACGCCGGCGUCAUGACAGCUUCAACCGGUGCUUCGGGUGCGCUCUUCGGCGUUAUCGCGCUGACGCUACUUGAUCUGCUGUACUCCUGGAAAGACCGCCGCAGCCCCGUCAAGGAUUUGAUGUUCAUCAUGCUGGACAUUGUCAUUUCCUUCGUUCUUGGUCUUCUGCCAGGCUUGGACAAUUUCGCUCAUAUUGGUGGUUUCCUUAUGGGCCUGGCCCUCGGCAUCUGCGUCCUACAUUCACCCAACUCUCUCAGGCGCAGACUAGGCACCGACCCGUCCUACGCUUCAAUGCAACUCAACCCCGCCAACCAAGGUGCCGGGCCUUCCUUCUUGAGGAACCCGGUUGGUUUCUUCAAGGGACGCAAGCCUCUCUGGUGGGCUUGGUGGCUUGUCAGAGCAGGCUUCCUGUUGACUGUCAUCAUCGUCUUCAUCGUUUUGCUCAACAACUUCUACGUCUACCACAACACCUGCAGCUGGUGCAAGUACCUCAGUUGUAUACCUGUCAACAACUGGUGCGAGCUGGAUGAUUUUAAGCUCACGAAGAGUUCAUGA